GCUCCCAUUGGCCAGCUGGUGCUUCUUGGAGGGUGUGGGCUUAUCGCAGUCUCUCACAGCUGUACCUUCCUGCGCAUCUCCAAAACGGAAAAAAUCAGCAUUAAGUGGCGAUUAGGAAUAACGUUGAGUGGCUUCGAAAAGGUGGCAUUUUCGUAUUUCGCCUGGAGAAUUUCCUGAUUUCCUGAACGAAGGUUACACGUAGAUGGCUAAAUAUUUUUGCAACCUGCAAGAUGGUACACAUCAAAUGCCACGGAAAUCAGACGCUCGUGCGUGAUGCUUUCGACUAGCUAAACAUAAUUUUAGCUAAUCGCAUGACAACAGAAUUUACUUUUAUUGAAAAAAAAAAAAUCUGCAAACAUCUGCAGCGUUGUGUGUAGCGAGAUUUAAAUAUUAAUAUGGGGGAAGCGUGCAGAAGGGGGGUUCUCAAACGACGGUAGGCCUGGAGAAAUAUCCCAUCGCUUUUGGAUUGGUAUUGACUAUGCCACUGUGAGGCGGUGAGUCUAACUGAGCAGUCUUGAUGUUGGCUGGCGAUGAAAUAGGCGACUGUAAACACAAAUAAAGGCGAGGCGCGUAUCCUUCCUGUAGCCUAUUGGAAAUUUACUAUUGUGUUUCCUCACUCCAGCUUUUGCUGUAAGCUUUUAUUUUGGAAACAAGAGCGGUGGAAACGGGAUUGUGAUAUUUAUUUAUUCGUUUAUCUGCAAACACACUGUGAAUGAGUUUGUCAGCAAUGGCGGGUCCCGAACAGAACCAACAGCAGGUCGAGGAAAUAGACGAUCAGCUGGAUGAUGCGGAGCUGGCUCUCCAGGGCAUUAAUAUGCUUCUCAACAAUGGCUUCAGAGAGAGCGACGAGUUGUUCAAAAGAUACAGGAAUCACAGCCCACUGAUGAGUUUUGGAGCCAGUUUCGUCAGUUUCCUGAACGCCAUGAUGACGUUUGAGGAGGAGAAGAUGCAGAUGGCCUGCGAGGACCUGCGGGCUACGGAGAAGCUGUGUGAGAGCGAUAACGUGGGGGUCAACGCCGGGGUCAUCGAAACCAUCAAAAACAAGAUUAAGAGGAGUAUGGACUCUCAGAGGUCUGGGGCCGUGGUGGUGGAUCGGCUGCAGAGACAGAUCAUCGUGGCGGACUGCCAGGUCUACCUCGCCGUGCUCUCCUUUGUGAAGCAGGAGCUCUCAGCGUACAUCAAAGGAGGCUGGAUCCUCCGCAAGGCCUGGAAGAUGUACAACAAGUGCUACAGCGACAUCAGCCUUCUGCAGGAGGCGUGUCAGAGGCGGGCCUCCCAGGAAGCUCCGCCCCUGGACCAGGCCAAUGACAACGCGCCGCCGCGGGGGGCCGCCACGGCCGAGGCGCUGGGCCGGCUCAAGGGCUCGGUGAGCUUCGGGUAUGGCCUCUUCCACCUGUGCAUCUCCAUGGUGCCGCCCCACCUGCUGAAGAUCGUCAACCUGCUGGGUUUCCCCGGCAACCGGCACCAGGGGCUGGCUUCUCUCGCGUACGCGAGUGAAAGUAAGGACAUGAAGGCCCCUCUUGCUACGCUGGCGUUGCUAUGGUAUCACACGGUGGUCCUGCCCUUCUUUGCUCUGGAUGGCUCAGACACGCAGAUGGGCCUGAUGGAGGCGAAAGGAAUCCUGCAGAACAAGGCGACGGUUUACCCAAACUCCUCCCUCUUCAUGUUCUUCAGAGGCAGGGUCCAGCGGCUGGAGUGCCAGAUAAACAGUGCCUUGACUUCCUUCAAUGAUGCAUUGGAGCUGGCGACAGACCAAAGGGAGAUCCAGCACGUUUGCCUGUAUGAAAUCGGCUGGUGCAGCAUGAUUGAGAUGAACUUCAGCGAUGCCUACAAGUCCUUUGAACGGCUGAAGAACGAGUCAAGGUGGUCGCAGUGCUACUACGCCUACCUGACCGGAGUGUGUCAGGGAGCUGCCGGGGACCUGGAAGGAGCCAUCAGCGUCUUCAAGGAUGUCCAGAAGCUCUUCAAGAGGAAGAACAACCAGAUCGAGCAGUUCUCCUUGAAGCGGGCAGAGAGGCUGAGAAAGAUGAACCCCAGCAAGGAGUUGUGUAUCCUAGCAUCCAUCGAGGUCCUGUAUCUGUGGAAGGCCCUUACCAACUGCUCUACCUCCAAACUGCAGCUCAUGGGCCAAGUCCUACAGGGAGUUAAUGACAUGCAUUGCAUGGGUCUCAAAAACCUGCUUCUGGGAGCCAUUCACAAAUGCCUCGGAAACACAAAGGACGCCAUUCAGUGUUUCCAGCUGUCAGCCAGGGACGAGAUGGGCCGACUGAACAACUCCUACGUCCAGCCGUACGCCUGCUACGAGCUGGGCUGCGUCCUCCUCAGCAAGCCAGAGGCUGUAGGGAGAGGUAGAGCACUGCUCCUUCAGGCUAAGGAGGAUUUCGCCGGCUACGACUUUGAGAACAGGCUGCACGUGCGCAUCCACUCCGCCCUCGCGUCCGUGAGAGAGGUGGUGCCUCAGUGACUCCGCCUACCCACUCCGCCCACUUCCCCCAUAGGGUGGUCAUGGAAGACUUCAGAUAUAUGCUCAAGCUAGUGAGUUUAGGUGGGGGAGGGGGAUUCUAUCCAUGUAAUAUGGUCCUGACGCUAACUCUCUUAUUUUCACUAUAACUGUGUGCUAAGCACUGUGUGUAUGUCGCUUAGCGACAGACACGGCAUUAGAAUACUAAAGUAAUUAUGCAUGACCAUUUUACAGAGUCUGGACCUGUAUUCAUAAAGCAUCUCUGAGUAGGAGUGCUGAGCUAGGAUCAGGUUCUCUUGGCCCAUAUUCUAACCAUAGCCAUUGCAGGCUAAAAAAGGCAAGCUGAUCCUAGACCAGCACGCUGCCUUUGAUAUGAGCUAUGAACAUAGGCCCUACUUUUGAGACACUUUAUGAAUACUGGCCCUGGAUGUAUUUGCACAAUCUGUCCUCACAUCACCCAUGCACCCUUCUGCUUGAUUUUAUAAUUCACUAUGAAGACCUUUCACAUUUACCAAUAAGGCAGGAUUUUACUUUUGAUUUUUAAUUUUAAAAAAUAUAUUUUUACAAUAAUAAAAAAUUACACUUUAAAGUGAAAGUGUGAAGACACGGCAGGUUGUAAUGAAACCUCUUUUGUUUGGAUUCGUCAGGUAGUUAUCCUGUUGGCGACCUGGCAGAGUGGAGUAGAUUGUGAUUGAAAGGGCAGUGCUGUAGUGUGCCGACUUGGUGCUCUCGUCAUACUUAAAACGAUCAAAGACGCAGCUUCCCAUGGUGUGUGUGUGUUGCUUUUUCUCUCUAUGUUGUGUUGCCAAAUACGUUUGCACUGUGUGGGCCCCCUGUUAUGAAGAGCAAGUCUAGGCCUGCAGAUUACUGUGAUGAGCUGCAAAAAGACAGCUCAAAUCGAGAGAAAGAGAGAGAUAGGAGCAGACAGAAAGAGACAAAAAUGUUCUUAAAUUGUUUACUGUUUUUCGAAUGACCCUUUACGAUUAAAAUUUUGUCACUUUUAGCCUAAGCGACUUGCAUUGCAGUGCAUUUAUCAUGGAAAGCAAACACACCUAGAACUAGAGAUCGGCAGUUACAAUAACUUUGGUUUGCGGUUGUGUCAUGAAUCGGUCCAGUCAUCGCAGACAAUUUUACACCAUUCAUUCCAGUGAUCCAAUCAAAUAUAUGGCAUGAAUAAAUCAUCUUAGGAUGGUUUAUCACUGACAGUCUUAUACAAAUCUGAGGCACUUUAACACUUAGUAUUGUGAGGUAGCUAGACUGAGGCUGAUAAAACAUGAAUGAUGGCUGUUUUGACAGCUUGGUUGGUAUGGCAAUGGCCUUUUUAACCCUGUUAUUCUACAAACGCCUAAAUGCCCAAAACCAAAUUAUGUGCUUGCUAGUGAGUAAAAAAGUGAGUAUCUGACAAUGAAUAUUGCAUAGAGAAUGCAACACCUGUUAGUGUAUUGAUUGAAUGGGGAGGGAUUGCCAAUCAUCACUUGGCUUUCAGCAGAACUAAAGAAUAGACUGAUUUGUUUUCUAACAAUUGGUUUGGAGCUUUAUGAAAAAAUAUGGGCCCAGUGGUUGCGUUAAUGCAGGAUUCAGCGUUUUUUAAAGUGGAAAAAAAGAACCAAAAUACAGUGGGGGGGAAAAAAUACACUGCGUUCUAUAAACGCAGAUAUUCCAAGGUUUUUAAAAAAAAAAAAGAUUUCAAUGGGCGACGAGCCAGACUUCAGCUACAAAAAAAUAAUUGCUCCUGUUUCUUUGAGCCAGGCGUCUUUCAGUGUUUGACAUCUGUGUUGUUUAUUGAUCAUAAUAUUUACACAGCCAUCGUUAGCAUUGCGAGAAUGAAGAGGAUGUUUAAUUUGAACGAAAAGUCGAAAACACAAUGUCACGUUCUAGCUAGCUUGCUCAACAUGAGUAAAAUAAAACAGAAAUUCUUAAUAUUAUUAGCCUGUGUGGCAAAAAAUUUGUUUUGAUCAGAACGCCAAAACAUUAUUUAUAGUUUAUUUUAAUCCCGCUAUUAAUUUUGUUACAAGUGUGAUAAUAAAAUUAUGAACGACGUGUAUUUAUUGUGUUAUUUUUGUGAGUUGGCAUAUUAUGGCAAAAAUAGUUAUUUUUAUCACAACGCAAGUGAAUUAGCGUAAAACUAAUUCCAAAGAUGGAUCAUUCCAUGGGCUAGUGUGACCAGUCGGGUGCAUUUACUGCAGCAGUGCUAUACAGAAUUAUAAGUGUUUCCUUUUUGAAUGCUGCAGUUUUUUUUCACAUCCAGCUGGGUGCGACAUGGGGUCAUUAUUCUCUCAUAAAUCAUUAAAUAAAUAAUAAUUUAACACAAAAUCAGAUUCACAAAUAUUUCUCGUAUGUUACAGAAUAAUGAUGUUCCAUGUUGUUCCUACAGCUUUUUUUUGGUCUGAUUCUCUUGCAUACUAAUAGAGAUGAUGAUGUUUCACUUCGAUUCAAGGCUUCAGUCAUCAAUCAGAGACCGCCAUUAUAGCCUUCUCGAUCAAGCGGUUGUCUUGUCAGCACAGAACUGUCCCUGCAGUGCUUGUAAAAUUAGGUGAGCUGAUUAUUUAUGGGAACACAUAUGUGCUGUAAUUGGUUAGAAUAAAUUGUUUGUUUGUGAAAGUUUGUGUUAGUCUGAUUGGCUGGAAUAGACUCAAAAAAACAAAAAAACUUUGUGGAUAAAUUUGCACAUCUUGCUGUGAGGGAAUGUCUCCAAUCCACAAAUGCCAGGCGAUGUCUACGUGCACAAGUCAUUGUGAAAUUAAUAGGUAAUCAGAAAAAUGGUUUAGAAAAAAUAAAAUGUGCAAAGAAAUGAAAGUGUAUUAUUUUUCUGUUUGGGAGAGAUUUGUGAGUGGAAAGAAAUAUUUGUGAACCAAUUAUUUUAUAAGGUACAAAAAUAUUUGUGAAUCUCAUUUUGUGUAAGGUUCAUAUUUUUGAAAUGAUUUUAUAAUCCCAAAAAUUUUUCCUGUUUUACUCAGUGUUGAGCUGCCUGAGUUUGUGUGUAAGUGUCCCUCUUGAACAAUGUAAAUCCUGAGUGGUGCAACAAACAGGUGCGCUCUGGCACAUAAUCAUUCCAUCAGAUGCCCCUGCUUUAUCGGGAUAUCUUGGAAAAGCUAUUGGAAGAAUUCUCAAAUUCCUCAGAUUAUGAUGUAUUCCUGUGGCUCAAUAAUUCCUGCCCUUCUGUGUGGGUAAACAGGCCUUACCUCAGUACGUUGAACUAAUGUUUACCUUUCUCAGAAAGAUGUCCUUCCGCAGCACAUGGCCUGAAUGCCAUUAUGUACUGCAGGUACAUAAUGGCAAUUUCAUCUUCCGCAUGUUAAGGAAAAGCUUUUGUUUUAUACAUUUUGUUUUGCGCGUGUCAUACUGUACCGGUGAGCAACACACAGUAACCAACGGUCCAUUUGGAAAUGGCCACGCUGGGGUGUGACCAGCGAGCAAUAGCCGCAAGUUGAUGUGUUUGAGUAUUCUGUGCAAGGCCCGUGGUAUUCCUGUAAAGAUUUGCAUAGGUUGUGCUUUUAUGUUCGCUUUAAAAAAAAAGAAAGAAUAAAUUAUUGUUUUAAUAAUAACAUUAGUGCCGUCUUGACUGCGGCCAAAUAUCGCCGUGAUCCCGUAUGUUUUUGUCGACAAUCUUAAUGCAUUUCCCCGCAUCUCCCUCCCACCCCUUCUGGUGAAGGAUGAAACGUAGUGUGACACAGUGCGAGUUCUUUAGCGUUGCAUUGGCGGUGUGUUGACAGCACAGGCCGUCAAGACACCUUUUACAUAAUAUUACACUGAUAUAACUUGUACGGGGGAUGAUAUGCCCGCGCAAUAUGUGUAUAUAUGAACACAUGUACUGUACGUAUGAGUAAUCUUCCCUUUUAAUUAUUUAGUAUGCAAGGUGGCACAAACCAUUGUAAUCUUAGUCGGUGGUAAAGGGUACAUAACUGGGGUGGGGUGGGAGGGGUGACUACAUGAGAUUAAUCACUGCAGGAACUGGUUUUCCUGCAUACAGGAAGCAUUUUCUUUGUCAGGUUCAACAAAUUGUACAAAGAAAAUAAAUUAUCUGUGUUAAUUCUA